AUGCUGAGCUCGGUGAAACCCAACGGGUCAUAUCUGAACCCUAGUACUGUGAUUUUGAUUGGGAUUCCUGGACUAGAGCACGUACAGUUUUGGAUUGGAUUUCCGUUCUUUGCGGUGUGUCUAGUGGCUCUUUUGGGAAAUAUCAUUUUAUUGAUCAUCAUCCCAGCUGAGCGUAGCUUGCACCAGCCCAUGUAUAUCUUCCUGGCUGUGCUGGCAGCUACAGACAUAGGACUCUGUGCAGCCAUUGCCCCCAAAAUGUUGGCCAUCUUUUGGUUCCGGGCUUAUUCCAUGGCCUUUGAUGCCUGCCUGGCCCAGCUGUUCUUCAUCCACACCCUGCAGUGUAUAGAGUCUGGUAUUGUCUUGGCAAUGGCUUUUGAUCGCUACAUCGCAAUCUGUGACCCUCUGAGGCACACCUCUAUCCUUACCCCUUCAGUUCUGGGCCAUAUGAUAGUGGUGCUGGCGAUUCGAGCCGUCGUGCUUGUAGCUCUGUUACCCAUUCUAAUCAAAAGGCUACAUCUAUUCCAUUCCAUUCAAAUUGCCCACUCUUACUGUGAACACAUGGCCGUGGUGAAGCUUGCAGCAGACGACGUGCAGGUCAAUAAAAUAUGUGGUCUAUUUGUGGGGUUUAGCAUUCUAGGGUUUGACAUGAUUUUUAUCCUCAUAUCAUAUGCACUGAUUUUCCAGGCUGUUUUUCAACUUCAACGGAAGGAGGCACGGCUCAAAGCCUUUAACACCUGCACAGCUCAUAUUUUUGUUUUUCUAGAGUUUUAUAUUCUUGCCUUUUUCUCCUUUUUCAGUCACCGUUUUGGUCAUGUUGUACCGUCAACUCACAUUCUUCUGUCAACAAUCUACCUCCUCUUGCCCCCUGCUCUCAAUCCUAUUGUCUACGGUGUAAAAAACAUGGUCAUUCGUAAGCGGGUGGCACAGAUGUUUUUUCUGAAUCGUGGACGUCAGCAGUGA